AUGGCUGCAAUUGUAGCAGAGGAAGAAGAAGCCCGGCCGGAUGCUCCACGACAUGGAGGUUCACAACCGGGACGUCAAUCUCUUCAGCACGAUUUUGCAGAACGCUUUCAGAACCUCCACAAGGACUAUUUUGCAGAGAACCCCACCUUCAAGGCAAGGAUGUUUCGCAAUAGGUAUAUAAUGCAUCGUCCUCUUUUUCUGCCCGUAGCAAGUGCUAUAGAGGCACAUGAUAGCUAUUUUUCUCUGAGAAGAAAUAGUGCUGGUGUUCCUGGUUUACAUCCUUAUCAAAAAUUGACCUCAGUAUUUCGAAUCCUAGCUUACGGGAUAGCAGCUGAUCUUACUGAUGAGUAUUGUCGGCUAGCAAAGUCCACCGCUUUAGAAAAUCUUAGAAGAUUUGUGCAUGCUGUGAUCGAGGUCUUUGGGGGUCAGUACCUGAGAUCUCCAAAUGCUGAAGAUACUGCUAGAUUACUUGCAAUUGGAGAGCAAAGCGGGUUUCCGGGAUCUCAUAAUGAUAUAAAUGUUCUCCAUCGUUCACCCGUGCUUCCAAAUCUAGUUGAAGGGCAUGCUCCAGAAGUGAAUUAUACCAUCAAUGGUCACAACUACAACACGGGGUAUUACCUUGCAGAUGGCAUAUAUCCGCAGUGGGCAACAUUUGUGAAACAAUUCCAAACCCAAAAGGUGAGAAGCACAAAAAUUUCUCCUGGUUUCAGGAAGCAUGUCGGAAGGAUGUCGAACGAGCCUUUGGUGUUCUGCAAGCUCGCUUUGCUAUUGUACGUGGACCGGCAAGGUAUCGGGAUCUGGAGACACUCAGAGAAGUGA